AGUUCAAAGAUAAAUUUUAUGUUAUUUACAUCUCCAAACUUUUUUAAUUUGGAGUUAACACCCAUUUAUCAAACCACUUCAAUUAUUAGAAUCUUUAACUUCUAUACGUCAUAGAUAAGAUUCGUACUUGAUAAUGUAGGCUGUGUAAUGUGGACAGCAGCAUAUCGUCAUCAUUAACAAUAGUUCGUCAUGCCUUUUUUCACGCAGCUGAUAUGAUAUUAAAACUAAAAGUAUGAGUUUCAUUGCUCAAGGCUGUACGAUUCAGUUUGUCAUCAUUACUGGUAGCGCGUAAACGCUGUAUAGCGAAAGAUUAAAAUUGAGACGUAUAUUUUUAGUAGAAUAACUUAAUUACCGGUAACCUUGACAAAAUAAAAUAAAAAACGAAAUAAGCCACGAUGUUGAAAAGUGCCUCAAAAGUGACAAUAAAUACAGGAAAUGUGUUAAACCUUAUUGAUAUUAAGAAAAAAGCUGGACAAAAUGUGACUGAGGAGUUAUCAGAGAGCAUCAAACUAACGUUAUCAGAAUGGGGUAAUAAGAACGGUUAUCCUGUUCAAAAUGGCACAGCGCACGCGGAUUCCUCUCAGGCUUCAGAUUAUAUGGUCGUAUCCACAUCGAAGAAUACUAAAGAGGCGCUUGUUAACAUAACAAGGCCCCAUGAUGACGUACACAACAAAAUGGCGGAAGAGGAACGGAAAAAUCUAAAGAUUGGUGUCAAAAUAUUUAUAAAUGAAGACAGUACGACGGCGUUAACGGAAUGUAUGGAAAAUGUAUUCACUGCUCUACAUACGGAACACAUAGAGAAUGUAAUAUUAGCUUAUAAUCCGGACGUGCCGACCCGUGUCGAGGCCAGGGAUGAGAAUACCAAGAGCACAUUUACAAAGGCAUCCCCUAUUUCGUUAGGUAGUAAUGUUGGUCGCGUCUCUAGUACAGAAAUAGAGGCAGACAGUGAAGCAGAUGCAAGAAAAUGCGAAGCUAUUCUCCCCGGUAUCAAAGUAUUAUGGGCGGUACUCGAGGAUUACGUAAAAGACGGACGGGUACAGCAGCUCGGCGUAGCUGACGUCGGCGGCGGUUGCCUCCGCAAACUUCAUGCUUGGGCUCGCGUUAAACCGACAAUAGCUCAAAUUAACCUCGCCUCGUGCUGCGUGGUUCCCCCCUCCCUGCACGCCUUCUGCAAGGCGAAUGACGUCCAACUACUCACACACGCCGAUCCACCUGACCUCCUGUCACUGGCAGCAUUAAAAACACUCUCCGAUGCAGGCAUCGGUUGCAAUAAUUUAGACUGGUGUGCGAGAUACCAAGUGCAUAUAAAAUGCAGAGGUGUCCUUGCCCUUAAAGGCUACGUGUGUAAAGCAACACUACAAAAUAAAAAUAAAUAAAAUUAAACCAAUAUUAAAUAAUUAUAAAAAUAUUUAUAUUUGUUGUAUGAAUAAAUUAUUGAAUUUAAACGUGAUAUCUGUAUUAAGGACGUUUAUUUAAUCAUAUUUAGACUUGCUGUCAUAGUAUUGCCAUAUAUAAAAAAAUAAUCUCGUAUUCGAGAUAAUUCGUAAUGGCAUGAGAUAAAAAUAAAAAUGAAUCACAAAAUAAAAUCAAUCUAUUCCUAAGUUCUUUAAAUUAAAUUUGGGUUAUUUUUGUAUUGCCAUAAGAUAAAUAUCGCAGGAAUAAGUUACCUACAUUUUAAUAAGCGUUACAUAAAAAUGUGUUUGAAAAAUAUGGCACUAAAAAUUUUAAAAGUUGCCAGUGAAAAAAAACUGUUCAAAACAGUAUAACUAUUAACAUUUGUUUUAUUAAUUUUAAUUAAUAAAACUUGUUAACAUUAUUUUCAAAAUUUUUGAACUAUCAUGAACAGUAAAUUAUUAUUGUUAUAUUAAGAUUUAUUAAAUGAUUCAGGUAUUUGAAGGUUUGGUUAAGAUUUAUAGUUAAAUGUUGAUAGAUAUUAUAUAAUAACAUAUGUUUGAAUUAUUAUAAUUAUUGAUACAAUGAUAGUUAUUGCACAUGUAAACGGGACAAAUGGUCCCGUUUAUCUUUUUGAGGGUAUUUGUGCAAACUAAUUUGCACAGUAAAGUAUGUUUACAUAUCCGGUAUGAAGAUAAUUCGAACGGAUAAUGCAAGUUUAUUUUAUAAAUUUGCACUUAAUUCUAUUGUUAUUGACAAUUGGUAAUAUAUAAAAAAUCUUAUUCAAUGACGUACAAAAAUAAUAAUAAUAAUAAAAUCAAUUUAAAAUGUGUUCGUUAUAUUGAUGACAUUGUUGGACAUAAAUGAUUGGUAAUUAGUUACUUUUGUAUUUAUUAUUUCCUUUUAAAGUUAAUUAUAUAGGCUUCUAUAUUAUAUAACUUGUUCGUAUCUGGCGACACUGAAAAAAUAAUCUCAAACCAGUCACAAACUAUAGUGCUUAAAUUUUCAGCUUAAUCCAAUCACGUGAGGAUUUCACACAAAUAAACAAAUAUGUCACUGAAUUGACGUGUUGUCAUUGGUCGAAAUCUUGAAUAAUCUUUGAUAUUGUCUAUGGACUUAGAAAAUUGCCUUUUGAAUAUCGGCAAAGUUAUCAGAAGUUUGGAAG